CUCCAGGUACCGUUGCGGCAAAGAGAAUUCGUGAUCGUCACGUCAUCGUCGUCGCUGCACUCUUCGCCGAUUUCUGGACUCGUCGUAAAGAAGGCGAGUCGAGCGUAUAUUUAUCGAAAUAUCGAGCCCACGCCAUGAGGGACACAACGGGGAUCCAGAUUUUUAUUAUCCUGCCAAUUUUGGGCCUCAUCAUGACGCCGACCAUCAGUGCUCUCACUACCUUUGGCAAAACCAACCCUCAGAACCAGAACCAAAAUCCACCGCCACAGCCUACUCCAGUUGGAAAAUCACGCCUCUGCAAGCUCGAGUCCGAUUGUGCGGCGAUCCAGAACACAAGUUGCCUUUCGGAUCAGCGGGAUGGACACACUCGCUGUCUUUGCGCUGAUUAUUCAGCCCCGAUCAACGGCGCCUGUACCAACGUAUUAAAGCUGGCAAGAACCCCGUGCAACGAGGACUCGGAGUGCAUCAAGGGCGCUCACUGCUCCCAAGGAAACAGCACGAUGCCGGAAAAACGUUGUCUCUGCAAGCUCGGCUACGUUGAAAACGCCCAGCGUUUGUGCAGCGGUAGUUCACCGAUCCUGCGAAUUUCCCUCGCAACGAUCCUAGCUGCGGUUACUCUUUCGGGGAAAUACAUUUUCCUGUAAUUAACUGCAGCAGAGUCAUUAACGGCGAGUCUACGCGGAUUCUCUAUCGACGAGUGUGCCCUGAAGAAAACUGCGUCGUACGGGUGAAAAAUAUCGGAGACAUUAAACCACGGUCAGUCAAAAAUAACUGGCAACACGCAAUAAGGAAUUUACUCUCAAUCAGUGUGCCUUACAUGUAAAAUUUAUACUGAACCGAUUUCAGCAAACACGUAUAAUACCGGGAUUAUUUAUAUUUGCGGUAGUUCGAAUUAGGUGCUAGUACCAAAUAACGCUCGUCAUUGAUUUCGUUAUGGGUAAAAAAUAUUUAUCAAUUGAAACGUAAAAGUAAUUCAGCUCGAUAUUUUUGACUAACGGUGGCAGAGUUUUGGCGAUUUAUUAUACAACUGUAUGUAUUUAAUCAUCAUUUUGUACUCGGCUAUCAUUUACCUUACAUACAUAUACCUAUAUUGUAGAUAUAAUUCAAUGAUUAUAUAUAUAUAUAUAUAUAUAUAUAAUAACGUGGCACAGACUUGAAAUUUUUUGAAAAUAUUCUAUUCAUCGCAUAUAUUUCGCGAAUAUAUCCUAUACAUGUAUGUAAUAGUGCCUAUUCCGUAGACACCUUGAAGUUGAUCUAUGAACGCCAAUGCAUGGAGAUUGAUGACUCGUGUCGUAAUUUGGUGACAGUUAUUGUAACACUUACGCGGUCUUUACCAAAUGUCCGACAGAUAAGUAUCGAAAGAUUAAUCAUCAUUUGUCCUUUGUGAUUUACAGACAUGCGUACAUACAAUGUGCUUCUAUAUUAAAUAUCACACACGUAUAUUUAUCUGUACGUUCGAUCUAAACUUCUGCGAGUAUGAUUAGCGUUAAUCUUCGGUAUACAAUCAAAUUAUGCAACAACAAAUUACGAUAAUGAAUCUGCUCAAUUUAUAGGAACGCUUUGAAACUUUUCUUUAAAAAUUUCAGUGAAUUACCCCGGCUUCUUAAUUAUAUUUUCUAAUCAAAAUGAUCUUGGACGAUGUUGUUUACCUCGACGGACAAGCCAUUCUAAUUAACGAUUCUAAGCAAAUGCAGAUUGUACAAGAGAGUGACAAAAACAAGUAUACUUCAAAGAAUAACUAAUUGUACGUAAGGAAGAGAGAAACGAACAAACUAAUGCGUGACUGUAGAGAAUAAUAAAAAAAAGAAAAAAGAAAAAAUGCAAGCGUGCCUUUCCGUUUGAAAUUUAAAUCGUUCCAUUAAUGAUGUGAAAUUUAAACGCG